CACCUGCUGCGGCCCCUUCGUCAAAUAUUAAACAAUAAUUAAUCCAUUAACAAAUUAAUAGAUAAUAAAUUAAAUUAAAUUGAAUUAAAAUAAAAGAAACAGCGGGGCGUAAUCGCAAUUAUGGUGAUUAAAAAAAAACUCUAUUAAAUAAAUUACCAAGAGUAAUAUUAUUUAGUGACAUUGCGUAAUGGUAAAUAAAAAAGUAAAAUAGUAAACCGGUAAUGUUUGUUGGUAACCUCGGAAAGCGUUUAGUCGUGAUGAGUUAUGAUAAAUAAUGACCUAGAAUAAAAUAAAGUGUUAAAAAAACGUAACAAUAAAUUUAAAAAUGGUAAAUGAGUUAAAUAGUUACCUGAUACUACGAGAGCUUCGUUUGGACCGCAACAAGAUGACGUAUCCUGGGAUGGCGUUUGUUUUUGUCGUCGGUGUCGGUCUCGCAACUAUUUUGUAUUACAUGUUUGCUGAUAAUUCACACAAUCAACACAAUCAUAGCAAUAAUGGGACUGGUCCACCUCCUGACAUACCGCAAAAUUCUUGGAGCGCGCCGACUGCCAGACAGAGGAGUCGGAGAAAGGGAUCUAGUGCCAGUACUGAUAAAAUAAAUUGCACAAUUUGCUUAGCAGAAAUAUCACUACCGCAAAUAGUUAAUGUCCAACCCUGCGGGCACGCGUUUCACAGGAAAUGUAUUCAAGAUUGGCAGAAACAAGGACAGACGGAGAGUCAUAAAUCUUGUCCUAAUUGCCGGAGAAAAAUUGAAGAAAUUUGUUAACUAAUUAAUAGUUAAUUAUUAAUUAUCAUCAUAAUCACACAAAGGUAGUGUAAGUAUACACGCAGAUAAUUUUUUAUUAAAAAUUACCCAUAGUUUGGUACCGGAAGAACAUUUAGCCAGUAACUAAAUUUUUACUAUGUUGUUAGUAGAGAUUGCACUUCAUGUCCAUGCUACUGAAUAGUAUAUUUUACAAUGUACAUGGGAAAAGUUUAGAUAUUUACCACAUGUCCACAGUGUCAAACUUCUUGAGUAAUUUUUACUAAAGAUUUAUUUGUGUGCAAGUUUAAUCAAAGUUUUGUAAGUAAUUUAUAAAAAAGAAAAAGAAACAAAAAAAUUUUUCGUUUUUUUUAUUUUAACUAAUCUGAGUUAUUUUAAGUAACUAUUUUAUUUAUUUACUAAUUAUUAGUAACGGAGAAAAAAAAUAUUUUAUAAAAAUACUUACUCUUCUUUGUGAUUUUAAAAUUAAUUGCCGACUGUUUUAAUUCUAACUAUUUAGUUUAUUAAUGACAUUUUUAAAGCAAUGUUACACUAAAUGGAAUAAUAAAUAAAUAUAGUAAUAAGUUGAAAAAUAAAUCGGAUGGUUGGGAAUAAAAAUUGUUUUAAUUGGAGAUUUAAUGAUUUAUAUUUAAUAAAUUAAUUAAUUAAGAGACUGAGUUUUAAAUUUAUAUAAUAUCAUUUCAUUACGAAUAUGAAAGCGAUGCUUUUGCAUUAAUUACUAUCAAUGAUAAUUAUUGAUCAUUUGUUAUUUUAAUUCGUAGCUACUGUAUGAAUCAAAAAAAAAGUGAUAAAAUAUGAUGUGCGUUGCCUAAAUAAUUGCUAAUCAAUUAAUCUCGUCUUAUUUAUUAAUAUGUAAAUUAUGUAACUAUAACUAAGCAAAAAAAAAUGUAAUAAUAAUUAUAAUGUUUAAGCUGUUAUACAUCGUAUUAUAUA